GAAAAUGGUGGCUUUGUACGGUACAGAGCGUCGACUGCUCGCUGGUGCAGGUACUAUUCGACAGUUUCAACCGCACCGAGUGGAUAUACAGGGGAUCCACGCGACUCAGCCCGAUGUUCAGGGAAGAGCUGGCGGCGACCAACAGGCACACCGGCGUGAGGACGUCCCGGAAAGUUGGACCGAACGAGUCGGCCACCGUCGUCCAAUACACCCGCAACAACGAUUUCGUCCUGGCCUCUCAGGAGAGCAAUUCCGUGAGGGCGGUGGCCAGGAAGAGCACGACUAAGCCUCAGAGUAACGUGCCCGCUCCCAACAUCGUGCCGUUCCUGCCGCAGGUGAAUAACACGCCGUCGAAUAUUACGGGACCCACGAGCAAGAUCAUG